UCUUUACUUGCAUGACUCUAUACCAACACCAUAAUUAGCACCUUCCUUAUUCUCUAUAAAUCAACCAACCUCUUCCCUCCCCAACCACAACACACAAAUCUUGCACCCAUGGCACAAUAUAGAGUUGAUGCAGAGUAUGUCAAAGAAAUCAACGACACUCAUAACGAACUCCGUUCUCUUAUUUCCAACAAAAAAUGCGCUCCUCUCAUGCUUCGAUUAGCAUGGCACCAUGCUGGUACCUAUGAAUACGAUGCAAUAGCAAAAACAAGUACUGGAGGUCCAAAUGGUUCUAUCAGGAAUCCACAAGAGCUCAAUCAUUCUGCUAACAGAGGCUUAAAAACCGCUGUUGAAUUAUGUGAGCAAGUGAAAGUUAAACACCCCAAAAUUUCUUAUGCGGAUCUUUACCAACUAGCUGGUGUUGUAGCGGUAGAGGUCACUGGUGGCCUAACCAUUCACUUUGUUCCUGGUAGAAAGGAUUCUUUGGAAUCUCCAAAAGAAGGUCGUCUUCCAGAUGCUAAACAAGGUGCAUCACAUUUAAGAGAGGUUUUUUAUCGCAUGGUUCUGAAUGAUAAAGACAUUGUAGCUCUCUCUGGAGGCCACACUUUGGGUAAGGCUCAUAAGGAUCGCUCUGACUUUGAAGGUCAAUGGACAAGAGACCCUCUCAAGUUUGAUAACUCUUAUUUUGUGGAAUUAUUGAAACCGGAAUCAAAAGGCUUGUUGAAGCUUCCCACUGAUAAGGUUCUAGUUGAAGAUCCAAAGUUUCGUAAAUAUGUUGAACUCUAUGCUAAGGAUGAGAAAGCUUUUUUUAGCGAUUAUGCAGCAUCACAUAAGAAACUCUCUGAACUAGGCUUCAAUCCCAAUUAUUAUUCAAAAUUGGAUAAGGCAGUUUUAGGAGUGGUUAUUGCAUCAACUGUUGUGAUUCUGAGUUACUUGCUUGAACUCUACUAAAAGAUUGUUAUUUGUUAUUGGACUAUACUUUAUUUGUUAACCAUAAAAACAUAUUAUCGAGUAUCAUGUACUACAAGUUUUAAAGUUCAAAAGCAUUUAUAUACUGCUUAAAUUUAAUUUAAUUUACAUAGUAUCAUAGUGUACAUGAGGUGAAAUAUUCCACUAAAAUAAACUAGAAUGAUUGAUGGCAAAAAAGUUCUGCAGUGACUUACUCAAUGAGAAACCUAAGCUCGACAAUAACAUCUACAACCUCUAGCGAGACAUUUAAGAUGUCAACCUGCCUCAGCAACUCCUUGAUUCCAUGGAAAACACUUGCAUUACUUUCCAGCAAUUGAAUCAAGACAACAUCAAAGACCGUUUCUCUGAUUUUUUUGGAGAAGUUGGUCCGUAGGUUCGACAGUGGGGUGACCCCCCGGAGGCGGUCGAAGAGUUGGAAGUAGAACUUGCUCUUGUACUCAUCAUAGCCUUCAAAUACUCGUCUAGUUUAUUCUUCUUCAAAUUUUCUAACUCUUCUUGAGACAAAGGAAUAUUGGUAACAGUUAAAGGGGCCCUGAAGUCCUUAACAGUCCCAAAAGGCUGGUUGGUAUCAACAUCAUCAUCUGGUUGAGGAUUAUCAUUUUUUGGUUCUUCUUCGCCCUGAGGCUCUACGUUGGCGUUGGAAAUAUGCUCAUUCUUAUCAUUGUGCUCCUCUUUGCCGUGAUUAGGAGUUUUGGGUGAAGAAUCAUCAACUUUCUUUGUUGGUUGCUCUUCCGUAUCUGGGAUUUCUGCGCGAUAUGCUCCAUAUCUUCACUGUCACUAUCAGAGUCAGUUGGUUGGGAGUGAUGAGGAGAUGUAAGGGGUGGAACAAAGUUCUAAUGGACUUCGGUAAGUUGAUUAAAAGACAAACUAAUGAGGUUGCUUAUGCUUUGGCUAAGGCAGCUCUAUCUCUUGCUAGUUUUCAUAUUUAUA